UGCAAAUUCUUGUUCCUCUAGCUGCUCCCAGUCCAUUGAUCAUUCUGUCAUCCGACGUAAUAUAGGCCUACUUUCGAUACUGACAGCAUCAUUAGAAGAUCAGUUGGAAGUGUAUAAAAAAAUGUAUUAUUUGAACCCUCCAGCAAUCACAAGGAUCAUAUUCCUACAAUUUCUGUCCAUCGUGUCCUUGACGUAUGCUUAGAAAUUCGAUAAUCGUUCAGAGGCAAAAUUGUUAUCGAUCUUUGUGCAAGAAAUCUUAUUACUGUGUUCGCUAACCUCUAAUCUGUGCCAAUUCAAUCCAUCUGACACGCACAUCAGCUAUACUGGCACCAAUUUUGGUAUUGUCCUUCUGUCUUCCACAUGUUUAUAGAGUGAAGUCAGUUUUUGCAUGCAUGUCCCCGUUGAACCUAACAUCAAUCUGAUGUCCCUGUCAUCAGAUCGGGAUACAUAAAAACUUAAGAUGGUGUUGUGCUGAGUAUAAAACCUGUAGACAUUUCAUUGGAAGUCAGCAAUUGCUUCUCCGAAGUCACACGAGUCCCUUCGGCAGGUUUUAUUUUGUCCCAGAAGACCACAAUCUCAACAGUCAACAUGUUCUUCAAGCUGGUGCUGCUGGCUGCUGCUCUCACUGCUGUGGUAGCCCAAGCCAAUAAGUACCCUGCAGGACUGAACCCGGCACUGUGCCCCAACUACCCUCAUUGCAACAAUGUUCUGCUCGCCCUACACAGCAACACUGGAUACAUUGUUCCAUAUGCAGCUGCCGCUCAUAAUUAUCCUGCUGGUGUGAGUCCCUCAACAUGCCCCAACUACCCGUACUGCAGCAACUACUUGCCAGUGGGCCCUCUUCAUGGAUUCCACACUCGGCAAUUACCUGCCGGAGUGAGUGCAGCUGCCUGCCCAAACUACCCUUAUUGCUUUUAGCCCCUUACCCCAUUAACACUUGGCACAUAACACAAGGUCUAUAUUUUGAAUCUUACUUGACAUAUUGUUACAUGAUCUCUGAUAUUUUCCAGCAGAAAAACUUACAGAAAGGAAAUGUGUUAAUAACAUAAGACUUUCUUUGAUAGUUCUUGAAAUAAUCAUUGUAAUUUCAUUCAAGAAAUAUUGAGACAAAUCCGUCCUGUGCUGACAGAAUUAAUGAUGUACAAAUUACUGUCCUAAUUCAUAAAUUGCAGUGUACUGUUUACAGAAAAAAAAAAAGUACUCCCAUAUUCUUACCAAUUGUAUUAUAGCAGUUUCAAAAACAUCAGACUGUAUUUUUUCUGUUAAAAUUUGUAUGUUUCUUCCCUCCAAACACAUCUCAGAUAAGUGAGUGCACAUUACAUCCACAUUUCUAGUUUUGUUUACGACUCUUUCAAUGGUAUCUCCACCAGCAUUUUACUACACAUUAAACUUGAAUUGUAUUCUACUACACUGCUGCAAUAAUGAAAAUACAUUUAAAAAUGUCAAUGAAAAUUUUGAAAAAUAUUUAAUAUAUAAGCAGAAGUUUAAUAUAUUUAUAUUUUUAGUUUAUUAAUUCAAAAUUGUGAUGUGCAUUAUAUUCCAACAAUUAUGGUAAAUUAGAUGUUUUCCAUGCUUGUUCAAGACUCAAGAGACCACAGAGUAACAGAUUUUGAUUUUACCAUCUAUGCACACUUCCUGAAAGCUCACAGAAUAAUUGCAUUUCUAGAGCUGAUCAAAGAAUCUGACCAGUAUUUAUUAUGUCUAACGCCAAACAAUGUUUAAGUACAGAAAGUAGUAGUAGUGUUAUAAUUUCAGUAUGAUUGCGAAUAGUGUGUAGUUCUCACUACUGCAGUGGUCACUGAACUAAGAUGGCUGUCAAGUAAAAGUUUGGAUUCAAGAACCGCAGAUCUAUCAGGAGUGUAUAAAUAUGUAGUACUGCAUUCGUUUUCUUUUUUGCCAACAGCACAUUCUUCCUAAAUGUUGUUUAAAAUGUGAACUUGCAUAAAAUAUAUUACAAAGCCUUUGUGUAAAACAGAUUUUCUUAUACACUAAGAUUUUUCUUCUUAAGUUGCUUUACCAAUGAUUCUGUUUUGUUGUAUUACACAAUUCUCAGUUUAAUAAACAUUUACUGUACAUUUUAUGUAAUCAUAACUUUCAAAUUAAAAAUGAAUGUUAUUAGUCA